AUGCAACUUUUCCUUACAUACUUGCUCGUGGUCAUCUCGGCUGUCACUGCCCUUCCAAUCAAUAAGCGUCUCUAUAGACCAAGCUCUCCGGUAUUUUCGGUGAUUGCUCAUCACGAAGGUGCUGUUUUCCAGUACUACUUGUUGAAGUGGGACGGCUAUGACCUUGUGCUCAACACAGACGAGACUGCCUUCUUUGGCAGAAUCAAGGCCAACAACGACUACAUCUUGAACUUGCCUGGCUCCAACAAGUCUGCAAACGCUUCUCAGAUUGAGCCACACAACACUAACGUUUACGUUAACCCAGAAACUUACCAAUUGUCCACCACCGAAUCUGCUGUGAACGCUAGCAGCGGAUUUGGUAUCACCCACCAGAAGUUGACAUACCAGAACUCUACUGGUUUCUUGGCUUGUCCUGCUAACAACUUCAGAGGUGAAUACUACGUUCACUGGGGUAACAACAACCAGACUGAGUGUCCAAACAAGGCCAGAGGUUACCAGAUUGAGCUCAUUGUCCAAAGCGAUGACACCAUCAACUACAACCCAGAGACUAACAAGUUGAGCAACUCCAGCUUGCCUCUCAUCCCAAAGAGUAAGAGAUUUUACUUUUUCUAA